AUGGAAGUUGGUGCGGCUAUAAAGUUUCAAAAAUCUUAUUUUGAUGUGUUGGGCCUAUGCUGUUCAUCAGAAGUUCCUCUUAUAGAGAGGAUUCUGAAAUCAAUGGAUGGAGUCAAAGACUUUUCAAUCAAUGUUCCUACUAAAACAGUUAUCGUCGUCCAUGAUACGCUCCUGAUUUCUCAGUUGCAGAUAGUCAAGGCAUUGAACCAAGCAAGAUUGGAAGCCAAUAUUAGAGCAUAUGGGGAGAGAAAUUACCAGAACAAAUGGCCAAGCCCAUAUGCACUGCUUUGUGGUGCCCUACUUUUACUGUCAUUUCUAAAGUAUGUUUACCGGCCCUUGGAAUGGUUAGCUCUUGUAGCAGUUGCAGUUGGAAUCAUACCAAUUGGGUUAAGGGCUGUCGCAUCAAUACGCAAUCUCACACUUGACAUUAACAUCCUCGUUGUCAUUGCAGUUGCUGGAUCGAUUGCUCUCAAGGAUUAUUGGGAAGCUGGCACAAUUGUCUUUUUGUUUACAAUAGCAAAAUGGCUAGAGUCAAGAGCAAGUCACAAGGCAACUGCUGUCAUAGCUAUCCUUGCUGAUACAGGAGAAGAAAUCAAUGCUGAAGAAGUCAAGUUGAACACCAUUCUUGCUGUUAAGGCUGGUGAAAUUAUCCCCAUUGACGGAAUUGUCGUAGAUGGAAACUGUGAAGUAGAUGAAAAAUUUUUGACCGGAGAAUCGUUUCCGGUGUCUAAGCAAAAGGAUUCGGUUGUUUGGGCUAGCACAAUCAAUCUUAACGGCUACAUUAGUGUUAAAACUACGGCCAUAGCUGAAGAUUGCGUGGUUGCUAGAAUGGCAAAGCUUGUAGAAGAGGCUCAAAACAACAAAUCGAGAACCCAAAGAUUUAUAGACAAGUGUUCCAAGUACUACACACCAGUGAUAGUGGUGAUUUCUGCAAUUUUGGCAUUAGUUCCUGUUGCAUUCGAGGUUCCCAACAAGAAAGAAUGGUACCACUUGGCCCUCGUUGUUUUGGUUAGUGGAUGUCCUUGUGCUCUUGUUCUCUCUACACCCGUUGCCAUGUUAUGUGCACUGUCAAAAGCAGCAACGAUAGGUCUCCUCUUUAAAGGGGAGGAAUAUCUCGAAGCUCUUGCUUCAAUAAAGAUAAUGGCUUUUGACAAAACCGGGACAAUAACACGGGGAGAAUUUGUGGUGGCAGAUUUCAAAUCUCUCUUGGAUGAUGUUAGCUUGAACACACUUCUCUACUGGGUUUCAAGCAUUGAGAGCAAAUCAAGCCAUCCAAUGGCAACUGCUCUGAUAGACUUUGCAAGAGAACAUUCUAUUGAGCCGAAGUCUGACCAAGUUGAUAAAUUUGAAAACUUUCCUGGCGAAGGAAUUUGUGGGAAAAUUGAAGAUAACGAAAUCUAUAUUGGAAACUGGAAAAUAUCUUCAAGAGCAGGGUAUACCUCAGUUCCAGCAAUAGACGGUCAUAAUCUAAAAGGAAAGUCUGUAGGUUACAUUUUCUUGGGAUCGUCCCUUGCUGGCGUCUUCAGUCUCUCUGAUGUAUGUAGAACAGGAUCAAAGGAAGCCUUAAAAGAGCUGAAUUCGAUGGGCAUUAAAACUGUUAUGCUCACUGGUGAUUGUUAUGAAGCUGCCAAGCAUGCACAAGAUCAGUUAGGGGGUGCUUUAGAAAUUGUUCAUUCAGAACUGCUACCAGCAGAUAAAGCAAGAAUUAUUAAAGAGCUCCAGAAGGAAGGUCGAACAGCCAUGAUUGGUGAUGGUGUGAAUGAUGCUCCUGCAUUAGCUACCGCAAAUAUAGGUAUCUCAAUGGGUGUUUCAGGCUCUGCGCUUGCAACAGAAGCGGGACACGUAGUUCUCAUGUCGAAUGACAUUUCGAAGAUACCAAAAGCUGCACAUAUUGCCCGAAAGGUCCUAAGGAAAGUCACUGAGAAUGUGAUAAUAGCAAUUACAACCAAGGCUGCAAUAUUAGGAUUGGCCAUUGCUGGUCAUCCAUUAGUUUGGGCUGCAGUUCUUACAGACGUGGGGACGUGCUUAGUGUCCACAAUCAUUGUGCUCAUUCAAGUCGCAGAGAGGAUACUAACUGUGCGAAAUUGA